AUGAAGGAACUCUUACACAUUCAUAAGCCUAUCAUGCUGGACAGUACCAACUUUGGUCACUGGAAAGUGAGGAUGCAACACAUCAUCAGAGGAGUUGAUGAAGAUGCUUGGACGUCUGUAGAAGAUGGUUGGAGUGCUCCUACCGUUGUCUUGGAAGAUAAUUCUGUUGGUCCAAAGCCUAAAGACCAGUGGACUGAUUGUGAGAAGAAAGCGUCUAAGUUCAACUCUAAAGCUCUAACUGUCAUAUUCUCGUCAGUAGAUGUUGAGAAGUUCAAGAUCAUACAAGGAUGUGAAUCUGCCAAGCAAGUGUGGGAUACGCUCAUAAAUCACUUUGAAGGAAAUACCAGUGUGAGAAGGACACGCCUUGAUCACCUAGCCUCCAAGUUUGAGAACCUGAGAAUGAGUGAUGAUGAGCCGAUUGAUGGAUUCAUAUGCAAGAUCAGUGAAUUGGCAAGUGAAGCGUCUGUUCUUGGCAAGAAGUAUGAAGAAAAGGAUUUGGUGAAGAAGCUGCUAAGUUUAUCAGACAUUCUGAAGGUGCAUCAUCUUGAGAAAACCGACCGACAAUCUACUAACCAGAAGAGCAUUGCCUUCACAGCUGAGUCUAAGGAUGAUGGUCGAGUCACUAAGAUUGAAGAGAAUCUGAGUUUAAUGGCUCGAAACUUCAACAAGUUUGUCAAGCGUAUGGAGAAAGGUGGUGGUAGAUCCAAUGGACGCUACCAAAAGAAUGAUGAUGAAAGGGCCAGCUCUCAGCACUCAAAGCAGGAUUCUAGCAAGAACACAAAGAAGUGUCAUGAGUAUAAAGGUUACGGCCACUUCAGAAGCGAGUGUCCCCUUGCUAAGAGAAAAGAGCAAAAAUGUAUUGAGUGUAAAGGCAUUGGGCAUACACGCAGUGAGUGUCCUAGCAUUCUCAAGAAAGAGAAGUCUCUCAUGUGCUUCAGUGACACUGAAUCUGAAAGCGGCAGUGACGAAGGUGAGCUGCAUCUAAACUUCAUGGCUCUAAUUGGUCAAGAAAGUGGAAAAGAUUCUAAUGCUUACAGCGAGGAUGAUGAUGAUCUUGAGCAAGAUCUUGAAACUGAGAACAAGACUCUAUUUGACAAGUUCUAUGAUCUCAGUCAUGAGAAUCUCGAGCUUCUCAAGGAGAAAGCACUGCUGAAGGCUCAGAUUAACAUACUGGAACUUGAUCAGCCUUCCACCAAGACAAAAGCUUACUCAAUUGACCGAGGGUCGGAUCAAGAAGUUCUUGCUCUUAAGAGAGCGAUGACAGAGCAGGAACGAGUUCGUAAGGAAGCUGAAGCACUCGUACAAAGGUUGAGCGAUCUCUUAGUCGUAGAGACUGAUCGAAGUAGGCUACUCGAAAGUCACCUAACUGAAAAUCACAAGAAGUUUCGCAUGCCCUCAGCUGGUACUGCAACUCUUGAUCACAUACUUACAUUGGGACAGUGUCCGAGUCUCAACAUCGGCUUGGGAUAUAAAGGAUCUUCCUCAAAGGCUACUGAAACGAAGUUUGUGAGGGAAGCUCCUAAUGAAGAAAAGAAACCUGAAGAGAAAGGGGUCCCUGCUGAAAGAAACGAGAAUGUCCUUCUUAAACCAAGAAGACGUGGAAACAGAUGUCAUUUCUGUGGGAAACGAGGACACAACGCUAGUGGGUGCUCAAAGCAUAUGACUGGAAAUGAAGACUAUAUUGAGAAGCUCGAACUCAUCAGAGGUGGAAAAGUUACUUUUGGAGAUGGAGGACAAGGCAAAAUUCGUGCAAUUGGAAUAACCUCCAGACCUGAUGUGCCUAAACUCUCAAACGUUUACUUUGUUGAGGGUCUCAAGGCGAAUCUGAUCAGUGUGAGUCAACUAUGUGAUAAAGGAUUAAAGGUUAUCUUUAACAGCAAGGAAUGUCGCGCCGUUGAUGCAAGAAACAAUGUGGUGUUGAGAGGUAUUCGUUCAGGGAACAACUGCAAUUUUUGGAGACCUUCAAACGUGUGGUUUACGGCUACUGAAUCCAAACUUGAUCUCUGGCAUAAGAAACUGGGUCACAUGAACACCAAUAGGCUUAGCAGACUCGUGAAUGCUGAAGUAGUAAGAGGUGUCCCUGAUUUGUAG